UGAUGAGAUUGUGGUUGAGGCAACGAACGAGGCAUGGUAGUAAGUAGUAAGAGUGAGCUUAGCUAACAAUAUAUGGUCACAACCCCCUCACCUACAGCCAACUCAAUUAAGUAAACUUAAAUAGUUGAAUUAGCUAUUACGGUCCAUUAAUAUUUAUCUUAUUACGUAGUGAAUGACUCAUAUUGCUACUGCUCCUUAGUCCUUAUUUAUAUUUUUUAGAGUAGCCAUGCAAAUGCAGUUAUAAAAUCUCUCUCAAACACUCAACUCCUCUCUCACUGGAUUGAGUUCUUUCUGAAACAGGAAUGUCUCACCUAAACGGCGCCGUCCUCGACGAUAGGCUUCCGUUCUUCAACCAAUCCAUGGAGCUAGUGCCAACAACAACCCGAACCCGUUCUCGAACCCUCGCCGAACUCCUUAAACGUGUCGAAGACGCCCAAAACGACACUCCCCCACCACACCACGUUCUCAACCUCUCCUCCUCCUCCUCCUCCUCACUCAACUCUCACCCCUUCGUCCUCUCCUUCUCCAACUUAUCCUACAGCGUCAACCUCCGCCGCAAGCUCCCCUUCCUCCCGCCCGCCACCACCAAACCCAACGCCACCAAGCUCCUCCUCAACGACGUCUCCGGGGAGGCCAGGGACGGACAGAUCUUGGCAGUCCUCGGCGCCAGCGGCUCCGGCAAGUCCACGCUCAUCGACGCCCUCGCGGGCCGCAUCUCCAAAGACAGCCUGAAAGGGUCCCUCACGCUCAACGGCGACGCUCUCGAAUCCAGCCUCCUCAAAGUCAUCUCCGCUUACGUCAUGCAAGACGACCUCCUCUUCCCCAUGCUCACCGUCGAAGAAACCCUCACCUUCGCCGCCGAGUUCCGCCUCCCCCGCUCCCUCUCCAAGUCCAAGAAAAAAGCCCGCGUCCACGCCCUCAUCGACCAGCUCGGCCUCCGCUCCGCCGCCUCCACCGUCAUCGGCGACGAAGGCCACCGCGGCGUCUCCGGCGGCGAACGGCGCCGCGUCUCCAUCGGCAUCGACAUCAUCCACGACCCCAUCGUCCUCUUCCUGGACGAACCUACCUCCGGCCUGGACUCGACCAGCGCCUUCAUGGUGGUGAAGGUCCUCCAGAGAAUCGCUCAGAGCGGAAGCAUCGUCAUCAUGUCCAUCCAUCAACCUAGCUACAGAAUCUUAAGCCUCUUGGACCGCUUGCUCUUCCUCUCCCACGGCAACACCGUCUUCAGCGGCUCUCCGGCCACCCUCCACCCCUUCUUCUCCGAGUUCGGCCACCCCAUCCCGGAGAACGAAAACCGCACCGAGUUCGCUUUAGACCUAAUCCGCGAACUCGAACAAGAAGCCGGCGCCACGAAAAGUUUAGUCGACUUCAACAAGGGCUGGCAACUAAAAAGCAGAAACAUGGGCCAGGGCCAUGAACCCAAAGCGAAAGUCUCACUGAAGGACGCCAUCAGCGCUAGCAUUUCCCGAGGGAAGCUUGUUUUAGGGUCUAACGGUAACGGCAAGAACUUAACCGGUGGCGGCUUUGCGAAUCCGUUUUGGAUGGAAAUGUUUGUUAUAGGAAAACGGUCUCUAACGAACUCACGGAGGAUGCCUGAGGUAUUCGGGAUUCGUUUGGGUGCAGUUCUGGUGACGGGGGCAAUCCUGGCAACCAUCUUCUGGAAGCUGGAUGAUUCACCCAAAGGUGUUCAAGAGCGCCUCGGCUUCUUCGCAUUCGCCAUGUCCACCACCUUCUACACGUGUGCCGAAGCCAUUCCUGUUUUUCUCCAGGAGCGUUACAUCUUCAUGAGGGAAACCGCUCACAACGCCUACCGUCGCUCCUCCUACGUCCUGGCGCACGCCAUAAUCUCCCUCCCUUCAUUACUCUUCCUCUCCCUGGCCUUCGCGGCUACUACCUUUUGGGCCGUGGGCCUGGCUGGCGGAAGUUCCGGCUUCUUUUUUUAUUUUUUAGUGAUGGCCGCCUCCUUCUGGGCCGGUAGUUCCUUCGUCACGUUCCUCUCCGGGGUGGUGUCCCACGUCAUGAUAGGGUUCACGGUGGUGGUGGCCAUUCUGGCCUACUUUCUUCUCUUCAGCGGCUUCUUCAUCAGCAGGGACAGGAUUCCUCCUUACUGGAUAUGGUUCCACUACCUGUCUCUGGUGAAGUACCCGUACGAGGGAGUGUUGCAGAACGAGUUCGACGUGAGAUCUCCCAGGUGCUUCGUUCGGGGGAUUCAGAUUUUCGACAACACGCCCUUGGGGAUGGUGCCGGACACCCUCAAGGUGGAGCUUCUGAAGAGCAUGAGCCAGACGCUGGGGAUGAAUAUAAGUAGCUCCACGUGCGUCAUCACCGGAGCGGAUGUGCUGAAGCAGCAGGGGAUCACGCAGCUGAACAAGUGGAACUGCUUCUGGAUCACGCUGGCUUCGGGUUUCUUCUUUCGCUUCCUCUUUUAUUUCGCGCUGCUCUUUGGGAGCCGAAACAAACGGAAUUAACUCCUACUGCUACCCUAAUUUAUCUUCCACACCUACACUACGUACGUGUUACUUAAGCUUAUUAUAUACUUUUAAGUUUCGGAAAAACUCAUACUCAACACCUUCUUGUGUUUUGAAAAUCAUACCAAAAUACUAGUUGUAUGUUGCAUUUCCUUAA